AUGGGCAAUUUUGGAUUUGGAUACGACGAGCAUAAUGACGACUAUAAGGUUGUUUAUGCUUAUUGUGCUAACUAUGGUGAUGAGAAUGUUCUUAUGGUGUACAAUUUUAAGCAUGGGUCAUGGAAACAAAGUGAUAGAGUGCUUAGUACCACUGGGUUUGUUAAUCCACGAAUUGCUGUGUUUGUGAGUGGUAGUCUCAACUGGUGCAACAACAACUUUCAAGGUAGUGACUGGAAUUGGAACAUAAUUUCUUUCAACUUAACCACUGAAACUGCUAAAGCUAUAGCUUUACCCAGGCAUGAACAUGGGGUCGCUAUUUGUAUAAGUGAAUCUAGAGGAUUGCUUUUUGCAGGUUUUCAUCACAAACGUCAAAUGGAAGUUUGGGUGAUGAAUGAGUAUGGAGUUCAAGGAUCGUGGACUAAACUAGUUUGCAUUUCAAACUUACCAUUUCAUCAUCCACUUCCCCGGGGUGUUGAGAACACUGCAUACAUGGAUAUAUGUAAUGCUAGACUCGCAAUUGCACAUGUUUUUGAAAAUGGGGAUAUUCUAAUCAAGGUUGGACAUCAGCUAAAGCUCCAUAGGCCUAAUGCUAAAGGGGGUAAGAAUUUUAAUAUCUGCUAUGCUCAUGGUUAUAUGGUAACUAGUUACGUGGAGACCCUUGUUUCACCGGCCAUGAUCGGUCCGUAA